AUGGGAGCCCAUCUGCUGCACAGAUAUGAGUGGUUUGCCGCGUUUCUUCUCUUUCUCCUUGCGUUCACAUGCCGCCUCGAACAAGUUGUGAAAAGUGAGAGACGGAGAACCAGAAGUGACGAUGAGCUCUACAAGAAUGCUCAUCAAGUGGAACUGGUUAAGGAGUGGGUAACAUCACAGUAUUGCAAGACCGACUUGGAAAUUCUCUGCCCGGUUGCGCUCACCACCAAUCUUUGCUAUGGCGCUUUCGAUCCACCUCUGCGGUUUGUGCUAGAUCAACCAGCAGACUGGGCGCCAUCAAGCUGCUCCUUGAAAGAUUUGCUAUUGCAUGUCAAAUGGGAUGAACAAGAAAGCAUUAAUGAACUGGAAGACAGGGAGCAGUUGACAUAUUUUAUCGCGCAUGUGCUCAAUCAAAUUCGAACGAAGUCCGCCAAGUACUUUCGAGGAGAAGAUCGCAACAUUCAAGAGUUCGAACAAAGCAAGCUGAUAGAAAAUGUCUUGACAUCCAUCGUGCACAUGUUUUCAUCGCCUACACGAGUUGACAAGGAAGGAAAGACCGAGUCCACAAAAGCCGUUGACUUUGACAUGACAGGUCGUGUAUGGUCACGAGAUGAAGUUAUUUCAUCAAUGCACGAAGCAUGCUUGUGGCACACUCAUCACAAACGCCAUGGGUCAUCUUCCGUGGCUGGAGCAGCUUUGCGGCUAAGCCGGCAGCAACCAAGUUUUGUCUUCAAGUUUCUGCCUCUUGUCAAAGAACAGAUUCAAAGCUUGGAGGAUGACCCAGCUGCUGAAGCUAGAUUCCAUAUGCUAUACCCAUCCACAUUGUUUGGCUCUGAAUCUUUCUCGUUGGCACAGCAAGAUGACAACCCGCGUUCUGACGCUUGCUUAUGGUCACAUUUUGACCAAAGGACUCUGAUAUCCCAAGAUUGUGCAACGGCUCUUGAGACUGCCCCGGGAAAGAUUCGAGAUCUAGAUUGGGAAGGAACAUACUCGCUGCUAUUGAUUCACAUCUACACCUUCUUUACUGUUUCAUUUGUGCUUUGGUCUUGGUCUCGUCUUCGACGACAACAACGCGACAAAAUGGUACUCAAGCGACGCAGGAGUGAUCUCAUUGAAAUUACUCCUUCCGGGGUCGAAGUGCUGAGUGCAGGCACUGGAGACUAUACUUCUACCACGUACGGUGACACCCGAAUCGAGCACAUUCGCAAAACCAAGAGGCUGCUGCUGGUGUAUCUCCUUGUGAGUUGCCUUGCGGCGUUUGCAAUCUCAGCCGCCUCGGAAACCAUACAGUUUGCAGAUUUCUUGGAUGGAAUCUGUGUUUUGUUGCUGGGCUUGGUAUCGCUCAGCUUUGCACCAUUAGUAGCUCAGUCACCCCCAAACUACGUCUGUUCGGAUGUUGACAAGAGACAGCGAAUUGGACUCUACAAGAAGCAGGCAUCCCUCGACAUUGCCUGA